UAAAACAAACCCGCCAGAGUACAGGGCAGCAGUUUGAAAGCUCAGUCAGCGGUGAUAGCUCUUCGGGACGCAAUCAAAAUGAAGGUUGUGUGUGUACUCGUGAUUAUGGCUUCGUUUGUGGCGUUAUCGGCGGCACAAGGGGACUUUUAUUCCAUGUUGAUGUUGUCAAACCUCCUCGGAGGAGGGGGCGGUCAGUCUGAGGCUUCUCAAGGUGUUCCAGGGAUGGCAAGUAGGGGCGCCUCUGGUUCUGCUGGUGGGAACGCUGCUGCAAUGAGAGCUGCUUUAGCCGGAGGACGUCAAGGUGGUCGAGGUAGUGGUGGCAACGGUUUUAUGGAAAUGGGAGCUUUGACAGGGCAAUUUGGAGAUCGCAUGCGUGACAUGAGUAUGUGCAACAUGUUUAGAGGAACCAGCUUUUAUUCUAUUUGUUAUAUGCAAGCCAUUACUGGAGGAGGAAGCAUUUUCUAACAUGACGGAAUACACAUCUCGUGACUUUUUGUGCGUUUCGAAAUUACGCGUGCCAAAUUGUUCCACCUUUCUGCAACAACGACAUUUACCGAAAAGAUAGAAAAAACACGUUUCUUUAAGAAUUAACCAUCGAGCACUCUUCUCUACUAUGCGACUGAAUAAUCUCCACUAAUUGCUUUUUCGCCUCAUUUCAAUGUACGAUUUGUUAUUUCAUCUCUGUAUUCUUUGUUUUGAUUUUAUGUCAUAUGUUUUUCUUGUAUUUAUUGAGGUAUUCGACAAGUUUAUUUUCGGUUGAAACAAAGAACGAAAUUUUGUCACCAAAACUCUUUUCCACAUUUCUUUUCAUUUAUCACCUUAAACAAGCACAGCUGUUGCCAAUGACACCAAAAUAAAAAAGGGUUACCUGGCAUCAGAUGUUGGUAACAACACUUGACAUAUAUUUGAAAUUGAUUCGAUAAAAUGCAUUCUUCAGUAUGGUUACAUCUGUAUAUGAUAAACAAAGACUUCAGAGGUGAUUUGUUUCAUUUUGUACUAACACUGUAUUCCACGACUAUCAUAAAUCAAUAUUGUACUUCUUAUAAACAUGUAUUGUAUGAUUGUUUUAUAUUUAUUAUAAAUAAGUCUGAACGGGUAAAA